AUGAACAAUAGAUUGAAUCAUUUAUUAUUUGAAAGAGAAUUAUCAGAAACAAAUAAAUUUAAAAAAGAAUUUUUAAAAUCAGACUAUUCAAUCCAAACUUUGGAAAAAUCUGGUGAGAUUAAAGGUCAUUUAGAGUGUGUCAAUUCAAUAAAUUUUAAUAGUGAUGGUAGUUUUUUAGUAACUGGGUCCGAUGAUGAAACCGUUAAAAUUUGGGAUUUUCCGAAUAGAAAGUGUAUUCAAACUUUAUAUGGUCAUAUUACCAAUGUAUUUGCAACAAAUUUUUUACCUCACAAAAAUAAUAAAGAAGUAAUUUCAGGUGGCAAUGAUUCAGAUGUUAGGCAUUAUGAUUUAGUUGGUCAAACUUGUACAGUAUAUAAACAUCAUCAAAAAAAGGUAUUAAAAUUAUCGGUUAAUCCAAGAACACCAGACCUAUUUUUAUCAUCAUCAAGCGAUGGCACAGUAAGAAUGUUUGAUAUAAGGCAAAAGUAUGAUAAAACAGAGAUUCAACCAAUUGAGCCAAGCUCGAAUAUACAAAAUAGUGCAAGAAGAAGCAGAUUUAUUUUACCACAACUAAUUGGUGGUGGAAGAGGUGGUCUAUCAGACAGCAAUAAUAAUCAUAACAAUAAUAAUAGUAAUAAUAAUAAUAAUAAUAAUAAUGAUAAUAGCAAUGGACAUAAAGAUAGUUUAUUAGUAAAUUUUAAUCCUAGACCUUUAAGAAGAAGUUUAAGAUUUUCAAUUUCAAUACCCAAAACAUCAAUAUUUUCAGUAGAGUAUCAUCCAUUUGAUGGUCAUAGCUUUAUAACUGCCUCAUCCGAUGGAACAGUUAGAUUGUUUGACCAAAGAAUGAUUAGUGAUCACUCUUCUGAGUCAUUUGUAAAUAUUUAUCGAAAUCUAUCGUUACCAUGGCCCUCCGACUAUGAAGCAACUGGAUGUGCAUUCAGUAAAGAUGGUAGUGAAAUUAUAGUUACAAAUUUAAACGAAUAUAUUUACCUUUACGAUUUAAAUAAAAACUAUUCAAAAGAAUAUUCUUUAGAUUACUUUAAAGAUUAUAGUGUACAAAAAAAGAAACGAAGAGCAAUUCAUUCUCGAGAUAAAAAAGAUAAAAAGAAAAUUAAACAGCAAGAACACAGGAAAAGAAAGAGUAAAAAGAAAAAUAAAAGUGAGUCAAGUGGAAACGAAGGUAGCAGUAAUGUAACCAAUAGUAGUAGUAGUAGUAGUUGUAAUGCUACCUACAAUAGUAGCUAUGAUUUAAGUAGUGAAUGUAGUGAUAAUAGAAGAAACAGUAGCAGCAAUGAAAGCAUAAGUAGUACUGAAAGUUUAGAAGGUAUUGGUACUUUAGAAAAUAAUAACAAUAAUAAUAAUAAUAAUAAUAAUAAUAAUAAUAAUAAUAAUAACAAUAAUAAUAAUAAUAAUAACAAUAACAAUAGAAAUAAAAAUACCCCGCCAUUACAAAGAUCUUUAUCCUCGUCGUCAUCAUCAUUAUCAUCAACAACCACUACAACCACAACCACAACAACAUCUAGAUCAACACCGACAAUAGAAGAAGAAAAAGAAAUCGAUAGUAAUACAACAUCAUCAACACAACAAUCACAACCAAAACCAUUUUUUGAUAAUAGACCAACAAUGAUGAGAAGAUCAUUAUUAAAUAUUAGAGAUGCAAUUAAUAGCUCAAUAGAUGAUACCGAAUCAACUACCCCAACAAUUAACAAUGAAGAUGAAGAGGAGGAAGAGGAAGAAGGAGAGGAGGAAGAAGAGGAACAAGAAGAAAUGGUUGAUGAAGAUAACUUAAGUGAAUAUUCAAAUGACCUUUCUUUAAUUUUAGAUUAUUAUCAAGAAUUAUUGACCGAUUAUAAUGUAACAAAUGAUGGUAACGAAGAAAAUGAAGAGGAAAGUGAAGAGGACAGUGGUGAAGAUAUCAACGACCAAGAUCUUGACGAAUUUGACACUCAAAGUGAUCAAGAAGACGAUGAUUCUCAGGAAUCCUUUGACUCUGAACAAAAUGAUGAAAGCGAAGAUAGUUAUUUUGAUGAUGAAGAAGAGGAAGAUCAAGAACUGCGUCUACGUCGUUUUUUAUUUGGUGGUACAACUACUGAAGAUGAUGAUGAUGUGGAUUAUGAAGAGUAUAGCGAAAGUUCAAAUUGUAAUAGUAAUUUACCAUUUUCUCAAUCUUACAAACAAAUUUAUAAAGGUCACAGCAGCAAAGAAACAAUUAAAGGAUGUAAUUUUUAUGGACCAAACAGUGAAUAUAUAAUGAGUGGUGAUGAUGACGCAAGAAUUUUAAUAUGGGAAAAACAGAGUGGAAAGUUAAUUAGAAUUUUAGAAGGACACAGCUCUCAUGUAAAUAACGUUAUUUAUCACCCAACCGAAUCAACUAUUGUAAGCUCAGGGAUCGAUUCAGAUGCAUUAAUUUGGGAUCCUAUAGGAAGCUAUCCAAAUGACGAGGAAAAAGAAAAACGUCAGAAAACAAUCAAACAAAGUUUACGAAUUCGGAACUCAGUAUCGCGUGGUUUUGAAUUUCCUGCCACACCCGAAUGUAUGAAUCAAUAA